AUGGUCGACAGCUCGGGCGUAGCGGCGGACGAGCUCCUCGUGCGCGAGUACUACGCGCCCGUCUUCCUGGGGACGAUGUUCAGCACCUUCCUGUACGGCGUCAACUUGAACCAGUUCGUCAGCUACCUGGGUUAUCGCGGGUACGAUGCCUGGCUGACGCAGUCGAUGGUAGCAAUACUGUUCACAAUGGUUACGAUCCAGGAGUGCUUUUCUCUCUACUCCAUCUGGUUCUUCUCCGUGCAGAAUUUUGGGAACUACGAGGCGCUGUCUAUUCAAUGUUGGGCGACGACGGCUUCCCUCGGGGUUGUCAUCAUUUCCAUCGUGGUGCAGCAGUACUUCACAUGGCGCGUCAAAAUCUUCAGCCAGUCAUGGAUCUUGUUCGGCAUGCUCUCGCUCUGCUCUGUGUCGGCCAGUGUCAUGGAUUUUGUAAACACCUGCGCGAGCCUGGCAGCGUCGGAUCCCGUGUCGCUGGACGCAGAGCUAGCGAUGGUCCAGGCGACGCUCGCAAUCAACGUGUUCGUAAAUGUCGUUGAUGCAUUGUUGUUGCUGUACUACCUGCUCAGGCAUAGAACGGGCUUCAAGCGAACGGACACCGUCAUUCGCCGCCUGGUGGUCACUUGCGUUGAGUCUCCGCUUUUGAAUGCGUUCCUGUCCCUAGUAGACAUGAUCGUGUUUAAGGCCACGUUCCCGACGAAUUGGUCGCUCAUUGCAGCCAUUCCUCUAGGGCAAGUCUACACGCUAUCCAUCCUUGCUAUGCUCAAUUCCCGUGCGUCUCUGCGAGAUGCAUGGAAUGGCGUCACAGACAUCGAUGUGGACCAACUGCAGGAUCGCCAUGGCCGCCUUAACCGGCGCAUCACGCUCAGCAAGCAGAGCGAGCCCGUGCGCGUCGGCGUGACUGUCGAGAGCCACGCGCGGGUCGAGGUCGACCCGUUCGCUGCGCGCGUAAAGGACGGGCGCAAGAAGCGCACGAAGGCGGGCUCCGCGAGCGCGGGAACGACGUCCGUCGAGAGCGUCGUGAAGAGCGGGCGCAACGAGCAUGAGAUGGAGGAGUUCUCGAUUGCGGUGCAUGCGCUGAACCCGCGUGACGACGCUAGUACGGGCGACGAAAAGAUCGCGAUCGUUGCGUGAGCGGUGUGUUGCGGUCUCUGUCUGCGAUCUGCACUUCACAUGUCUGUUUGUAGCGUCAUUCGUGUUGUAUCACUGAGUCUUGGGUAUGGGUUGAAAGGGGGGAGUUGCACUACUAGAAGAUUUGCGGAGCACGCGCAAAAGCCCAAGGCAACACCGGUACCGUCGAAUUAGCAUCUCAUUCAUACAUCGCCAAUAGUGACGGUUUGAAUGAGACGAGUCCAUUACGAACUUCGCGCGUGUCAUCGGCGCCGCUCGAGGCAUUACACAAUGGCAAAUCGAAGGCAUUCACGAGGAUCAAUGUAUGUUCACAUAUCUACCAUGGAGUCGACCUCCGAAUAGAAGGACCGAUGGCGGUCUGAACUAGUCUCCGUUGCAGACGAUAAUAGCCGGGAUAAUAUACUGCUUACCUUCACCGCUGCGCACAAACGACUCCCGCUCACCACUCCCUUGGCCAAUACACACGUACCCUUAGGUACAGUCAGGCUAUCCAGAGAGCUCGG